AUGGCAACCGAAAUUCACGUCGAAGAAGUAUUCGCUGUACCCGCCCACGUCCUCUACGAGGCAUUCCUCGAUUCUCACCAGAUGACCCGAGUGGGGUUGGGCGCCCCGGCUGAGAUUAUGCUGUAUAAAUGGCAAUUUGCAGGAGCCUUUGAAUAUGCCCUCUCUUGGAAUGCACAGGAUCCUAAAGUAGGAGGCAAUUUCUCGUGGAUGAACAAAGGCAUUGAGGGCGAAGUAACGGCGCUGACAACAAACAAGGAAAUCCAAAUGAAGUGGAGAUUCGCAGAGUGGGAAGCAGGCGUCUACUCCAACGUCAAGAUUACAUUCGACGCUGAAGAUUGUGACACGACUCGUGUAAUCAUUGAACAAAGUGGGAUUCCACUCACGGACAAAUUCCAAAAUGGCAACUGCGACGUGCGAGUGCGGGAAGGCUGGCGACAACACAUCAUCGACCGAUUCGAAAAAGUGUUGGGAUAUCCGCGUCAGAAGUGA